AUGGACAUGUUUUACAGUGUUGCGAAGUAUAAAGGGGAUGGUUAUGUGUUAGAUUUCACUGUCUUGACUGGAUGGCUAACAUUAUUUGAGAAGAUAUGCACAUAUUGGGCUCUCGAACCUCCUAUAGUGCGAGUAAAGUAUAUAAUGCCAAACGAGCACAAGACAAUAUGCUCCAUUAGCUCAGAGGAUGACUUUCAGAACAUGUGUAAUGUUCAUCGGAUAUUCAAAAAGACCAUGGUGAACAUGAUCAUAGAUACUGUGAACGAAACAACGGAGACCAUCUCGCUUGAAAAUGCACAAGAAUUCAAGGAUUCAUUGUGCGACUUAGCCAUCAAACGCAAUUUCAACUUCAGAGGACAACGUGAGGGCGAGAUGUAUUCGAAUGUGGCGAGUCUUUCAAUGCAUGGAUUAAGGAGGCACGACAUCUACAUCGUCCGUAACAUGGUUGUCGCGAUAAGGUUCAAGAUGAUGAACCUAAUGUACAAGCGGCGCGAGAAUAGCAUGAAAUGGGAAACCCAUCUUUGCCCGGAGAUUCACAAAAAGAUUGAAAAGACUAUUGAAGAAAGCAGAUGCUUAGUCAUAGGCCGAUCUGAUGGUGAUAUUUUUGAAGUCGUUGACAAGCAGGGCAACCAUGUCGAUUUACGUAAUAGAACUUGUUCUUGUCGUCGGUUGGAGGUGUACGGUCUUCCUUGUAACCAUUCCUGCUGUGCAAUCUUACAAACUGAUGUAAACAUUCAUCAUUACGUGGAAGGCUACUACACAAUCGCAUUGUACAAAGAAGCAUAUGAGAGUCCAAUAUUCCCUGUACCAGAUCAUGACAAACCGAUGGAUGCGGGUCGACAUCUCCGUAUUCGUCCACCUAUCUCAAAGAAGAGACCCGGACGACCAAGAAAAAGGAGGAUUGAAUCACAAGCAUUUGGUGUUCAUGACUUACAUUGUAGUCGAUGCCACGAAGUUGGGCAUAACAGGGCCACAUGUAAUGAAGUAAUCGCAGACUAA